AUGGUCAGGCUCACUUCUUCUCUUUUCCCCUCUACACAUGGUCAGGCCCACUUCUCUUGUCCUACGACACAUGACCAGACCGACUUUUUCUCUUGUCCCACUACACGUGGCCAGGCCCACUUUUGUCCUAUGACACAUGACCAGACCCACUUCUUCUCUUGUCCCAUUACACGUGGCCAGGACCACCACUUCUCUUGUCCCACUAUAUGUAGCCUGGCCCGCUUCUUCUCUUGUCCCACUACACGUGGCCAGGCCCACUUCUCUUGUCCUACAACACAUGACCAGGCCCACUUCUUCUCUUGUCCCAUUACAUGUGGCCAGGACCACUUCUUCUUUUGUCUCACUACAUGUGGGCAGAUCCACUUCUUCUCUUACCCCAGGACACAUGACCAGGCCCACUUCUUCUCUUGCCUCACUAUAUGUAGCCAGGCCCACUUCUUCUCUUGUCCCACUACAUGUGGCCAGGCCCACUUAUUUGCUUGUCCAGCUAUACUUGAUCAAGUGACUUCUUCUCUUGUGAAAAUGUGA